GCGAUAAUUAUCAUGGUACAAUGAGCUAUCUGUUACAAGAUGAGGAAGGACAAAUUAUUGGACCUUACUCAAUAGGUGUGGGAUUAGAGUACCCAAGUGUUAGCCCAGAGCUUAGCUUUCUAAAAGAUAUCGGGCACGCAGAGUUUUAUACUGUCACAGAUAAACAAGCCUUAGAAGCAUAUAAAUGGUUGUGCAGGCUAGAAGGGAUAUUCCCAGCCUUGGAAGCUUCUCACGCACUUGCAUUUCUUGACAAACUUUGCCCUACUCUAGCGGAUGGUGAGAAAGUGGUUGUUAAUUUAAGCGGCCGCGGAGAUAAGGAUGUUACCAUAGUCUUCAAUCAUACUACAAAGGAUGAAUGAAUAAAUGAAUGAACCAACAACGAAUUACUACAUUAAUGAAUUGAUGUGUAUAUUGUAAUUUGUAAAAAGAGAAAGAGAUAUACAUAA